CUAGAAGACAUGCUCCAACUCUUAAUCAUGCGGAGAAGAACUUUUUGUCCUCUAAACUAAACUCUCUGAACAACAAGUAUUGAUUUAUUGAUUGAUCAGAAAAGAAAACAAACUUAUCAGAAGAGUUAUCAAUCAUCUGCUAGACCGAAUCAAUCAAUCAGGUUUUGAAUUCCUCAUUGUUAAACAACACCACGUGGUUUCAAUAUGUCUGACUGAGAGAGAACCGGAGGCUGGAUGGAGUUUGAGGAGAACGGUAUCGGGGAAGAGUGCGGGGUUUUCGGCUGCGUGGCGGCCGGAGAGUGGCCCACUCAGCUGGAGGUCGCUCAGGUGUUGACUCUGGGACUCGUGGCUCUGCAGCACAGGGGUCAGGAGAGUGCUGGGAUCGUCACAAGUAAUGGAGCCAGUCCGCCCACAUACGCAGCCCACAAGGGAAUGGGGUUAGUGAACACUGCUUUUGCCCCCGAGGCUCUCCUGAAACUGCGCUACGGUAACCUGGGUAUUUGUCACACACGAUACUCAACCACUGGGAUCUCAGAGCUGCAGAACUGUCAGCCCUUUGUGGUGGACACUCUGCAUGGAAAGAUCGCCGUGGCUCACAACGGAGAGCUGGUUAACGCUGAUGCUCUGCGGAAAAGGGUAAUGCGUCACGGUGUCGGCCUCUCCACCAGCUCAGACAGCGAGCUCAUCACCCAGCUGCUGGCAUUGACUCCACCUAUGGAGGAGCAGGACGCACCGGACUGGGUUGCCAGAAUAAAAAAUCUGAUGUCUGAGACCCCCACAUCGUACUCGCUGCUGGUGAUGUUCAAAGAUGUCAUCUACGCCGUGCGGGACCCUUACGGAAACCGGCCCCUCUGCAUCGGACGCAUCGUCCCCGUCUCUAAACUGCACAGCUCAGGAGCCGGAGAGGAGGACACUGAGGGAUGGGUUGUGUCAUCAGAGUCCUGCAGCUUCCAGUCCAUCGGUGCCAAGUAUUACAGAGAGGUUCUACCGGGAGAGAUAGUCCAGAUAUCGAAGCACGGAGUCAAGUCUCUGAGCGUCGUCCCUCGGCCUGAGGGAGACCUCCCCGCCUUCUGCAUCUUUGAAUACGUCUACUUUGCCCGACCAGACUCUAUUUUUGAAGGGCAGAUGGUCUACACCGUGAGGCAGCGCUGCGGUCGACAGUUGGCCAUCGAGGCUCCGACGGACGCAGACUUGGUCAGCACCGUCCCAGAGUCUGCAACUCCUGCUGCACUCGGCUACGCUCAGCAGUCCGGGCUGCCGUACAUCGAGGUUCUGUGUAAGAACCGCUACGUCGGGAGAACGUUCAUCCAGCCGAAUACCCGCCUGAGGCAGCUGGGAGUCGCCAAGAAGUUCGGGGCUUUGACGGACAACUUUGCCGGGAAACGAGUGGUGCUGAUCGACGACUCCAUCGUCAGGGGCAACACCAUCUCCCCCAUUAUAAAGCUGCUGAAGGAAGCCGGGGCGACCGAGGUCCACAUCAGAGUCGCCUCUCCUCCGAUCAGAUACCCUUGCUACAUGGGCAUCAAUAUUCCAACCAAGGAGGAGCUCAUCGCCAACAAGCCGGAGUUUCAGGACAUUGCUGGAUACAUCGGUGCAGCCAGUGUGAAGUAUCUGACCGUGGAGGGCCUGGUGUCCGCCGUUCAGGAGGGAAUCGCCUCCCUCCAGCAGAAGGACGAGGUGAUCAGCUCCGGCAACAAGACCAGCAAGAGAGUGGGCCACUGCACCGCCUGUCUGACUGGGAAAUACCCAGUGGAGCUGGAGUGGUAACGCCACGACCAAUCGUAGUUCCAGUUUACAGCAGAAGCACUGUGGGUGUUUUUGUUUUUUUUACUGCAAGUGCCCACAGAGAAUGAAAUGUUCUCUGUAGACUGGAAAGGAAGUGGCCAGGCAUUUAAGUUCUGCUAUCAGAGACACUAAGAUGUUUAAAAUAGAUACAGCAUAUGCUUUCUCUACAGAGGAUCAGUAUCCUGCUCCGAUCAUUUCACUGAAGUUGUGAUGUUCUGAAGUGUGGUUGUAUGAGGUACUUCUCCUUAAUCAGUGUUUUACUACAGUAGAUGGAGUUUUGGGGAAACAGACAGAAGAACCAACACGUAAGAAAAGUAUUGUUCUGCUGUAAAUGUAUUUUAGACACCAAAAAGAAUCAAUAUCAGUUUAAGUGUACGCUAUAUUUAGAAUAUUUUCACCUCUUUACCUUGCUGUCGGACAGGGUUCGAGAGCUGAAGCCGUUAUCUUUUCUCUCUUCAAAGCCACCAGACUCCAUUCACAAAAACAGUAAUUUAACCUUCGCAGAACACAGGUGCUGCUGGUCCAACGCUGCCUCUAUCUGUUCAUUUACGAGUUAUUGUGUGACUUUUGGGACUUAAAUGGUUAGUUCAGAUUCACCAAUGUCACAUAUUACAAACUAACUGAUGGAGGCAGCGUUAGACCAGUAGCUCCUGUGUUCUGCGAAGGUUAAAUUACUGUUUUUGUGAAUGGAGUCUGGUGGCUUUGAAGAGAGCAAAGAUAAAGCAGUGAGAAUAUUCUAAAUAUAGCGUUCACUUAAACUGAUAUUGAUUCUUUUAGGUUUCUAAAAUACGUCCACAGCAGAACAUUGAUUUGCUCCGUGCUGGUUCUCCUGUCUGUUUCUAAACAUCUGCUGUAGUAAAACACUGACUGUGGAGGAGAACCUCAUACAGACACACUGAUAAACAUCACAGUUAGUAAAUGUUACUUUCAUGACAUCCAGAGUUAGUCUCUCUCUCUGAUGUACAAGUCUGUUUACUUCAUCCUGAGGUGCACAUGUCUCACAACACAACGAUGAUGCUUUUGUUUGUUUUAUAUAUAAAUGUAUUUUUCAGAAAAGUUUGUCUUAUUCCAAGCCUUAUAAAAACUAGAUGGAAUUUACCAUGUCAGAAAAGCGCACAAGGCUCGUGACCAAAAAGUAGAUUGUCUUUAUCUUCCUUAUCACGUUUACUUUUCUACUUUCUGCCUAAAAUGAAACAUUAGGCUCUUUUGUUACGUUGUUUUCAUAACCUUAAAAACAUGCAUGAAUAUAAUGGAAAUGUUAAAUAAUAAACAGAAUAACUGCAA